UGCGCAUGCGUGACGCACGGUGCGGCCCCAGGAAUGGAAACAAAACAUGGCGGCUGGGGAGUGAAACAUAAAUUACGAUAGCAGCCACUGCCAACUGUCUAAUUGAUUAAAACCACCUCUCAAAAGGAGGGGGGAAAGAAAAUAAUUCAAAAUGUCUCGACACAGAAAUGUCCGCGGUUAUAACUACGACGAAGAUUUCGAUGAUGACGACAUAUAUGGGCACUCUGUGGACGAUGACUACUGCAUCUCACCUGCCACAGCGGCCCAGUUCAUUUACUCCCAGCGCGAGAAGCAGGCAGCCUUCGCCGAACCCCUGGAGGAAGAGGAGUACGAGGCGGAGGAAGAGAUGCCCACGUCCCCCACCGUCAACCACCUGAACCUCGCUCCCCUCGAUCAGGGGAGGCUGUACUCCUGUCUGGACCACAUGCGGACGGUGCUCGGCGACGCGGUGUCGGAGUCGGUCCUGAUGGAGGCCGCGGUCGCCGCCGGCUUCGAUGCCCAGAAGGCGCUGGACUCCGUGCUGUCCGAGGAGAAGGAGAAGGAGGCGGGCGCCAAAAACCAGCAGGAGGCGGGCUUCGCCUCGCGGAGCGAGAAAGGAGCCAUCUUUUCCUCAUGUGUCACUCAAACUGGCGCCGACGUGCACGCGCAGGCCACCGCCGCCGCUCGUCCGCUAGCCGCCGCGAAGCUCAGCGAUCUCUCAGCGCGUUCUGGCUCGGAGUCGAGAGCGUCUCCGUUCUGUCUCGAGCUCGACGCCGGCGGCUGCGGUGGCGUUCGCUCGGCGUACAUGAACGGAAUGCGCGUGCCGACCGAGGCGCUUGGGAGCGGAAACCCCGCGCCCGCGACGGGCGACGGCUACACGGGACGCGGCCUGGCCGGGCUCACGAGCGAACGCGGUCGGGACCCUGAGAGGGGCGGGGCUUUAACGGGCCGUCAUGUGACCGGCUUCGGUUCGGCACCAGGAAGCGGGCCGUUUGAACUGAAAGGCAGCCUGGCCGAGCUGAUGACCCGGCAUGAUCAGAACCACGGCGGAGGCGGAGUUUUAGGGAGUCACGCGACUGGCUCCGGCGCGCCCCCAGGAAGCAGCCCGUACGGAACAGGAAGUAGCCCGUCCCUGGGCCUCUCCUCCGCUCCGACGGCCUCUGGGCUCCAGAGCGCCGCCUCUCUCGGUGCUUUGGCCCCGCUGAACGGCACGGCUCUCGGUUCCAGUCCCCUCCUGAGCUCCCUGGGAAGUUUAUCGCUGGCGGACCUCCAAGCGUCCGGCACGGUCGGCGCGCCCCCCGCACCCCUGAGUUUCGCCGGCCCUCGCCCGCCCCCCCCGAGCCGCCCCAUAGACGCCCGUGGCGGAGUCAGCGACCACCAGGGCAGCCCGUCGCUGGCCGACCUGAUGCAGGAGCACAAACACAGCAGCCCUGUGCUCUACAGCUCCCUCCCCAGUGUGCAGAACCAGCCAGGGAACCCAACCCCAAAGCUACCGUCGCCUGGGUUACUGUCGUCGGGGUUAUCGCCGUCUGAGUUACCGUUGCCUGGGUUACCGCCGCCUGGGUUAUCGCUGCCCGGGUUACCAUCGCUUGGGUUACCGUCGCCUGGGUUACUGUCGUCAGGGUUAUCGGCGCCUGAGUUACGGUUGCCUGGGUUACCGCCGCCUGGGUUACCGCCGCCCGGGUUACCAUCGCCCGGGUUACCAUCGCUAUCAGCGCUGGCUUCCCAGCAUGAAGCCAAGAUGUGGCCCGUCCCUGAAACGGGGCCACUGUCCUCACUGUUGCUAGGCGACAGGCAGGAAGGCGUGUGCCUGUCAGGAAGGGGCGGCGACCUCCGGGGGGGUGAGUCCGAGGCGCCCGAGGGUAAGGGCGUCGGCCCCCGAGCGCGGCCCUCCUCGAACCCGCACCCGAGCAUCGACCUGAGCGCGCUCGUCCUGCAGCCCGCUCCGACCGACCAAUCGGCCGCCUCGCCCGCCAGACGGGCCUGUCGCCGGGCGGGGCCCUCCCCGUCGCCGUGUCUCCGACGCAACCCCCGCCGGCCCUCGGUGUUCGCCCGCCCCUCCGUGUUCGCCCUGGCGCUGUCCGCGCCGUCGCCGGGGAAACGGCGGCGGGCCCGGAGGGCGGGGACCCACCGGGCGUUCCUGUACGCCAAGCAGAUGGAGCUGGUGAAGGCCCGAGAGCAGGGGCCCCUGUUCGACAUCGCCCCCUUCCACUUCCAGACCCCCUCCCCCGACGACGUGGUCCGAGCCAAUCAGAAGAAGGCGUUCACCCGCGACUAGCGUCCGUAGCGGUUUGGUGGGUGGGCGGGCGGUAUGCGGGUUAUUAGGCCGGUUCCAGCAGUGUUCAGAUUUUACAGUUUUACUCGCAGUCGUUAUUGCAGGAGAUGUCUGCACUAUUUUCCAAAAUUUUCAGUGUCCCAUCUU